AUGGCGGCUAACUGCAGCCACCGCGCUCACCCGUUUCGGGGGACUAGCGGGCUACACAUGCUCUCUCGGGGGGCCACCCUAGGCGGGGUGAAGCCCCAGGCGGCCGCGCGCACGCGCUACCCGGCAGAGCCAGCCAAUGGCAUUGCCCGCUCGGGCUACGCGCGCCUCGGGCCCCGCCCCCUUGUGCUGAAGAAGCAUAAGAAGAAAAAGGACCGGAAGGCAGUAGCAGAGGAAGAUGUGGCUGAAAUACAGCACGCUGAAGAGUUUCUUAUAAAACCUGAAUCCAAAGUGGCUCAGUUGGACACAUCUCAGUGGCCCCUGUUGUUAAAGAAUUUUGAUAAGCUAAAUGUGAGGACAACACACUAUACUCCUCUUCCUUCUGGUUCAAAUCCACUGAAGCGGGAGAUUGCUGACUAUAUCAGGACAGGCUUCAUCAACCUUGACAAGCCCUCCAACCCCUCUUCCCAUGAGGUAGUAGCCUGGAUCCGGCGGAUACUUCGUGUUGAGAAGACGGGACACAGUGGCACCCUGGAUCCCAAGGUGACUGGCUGUCUGAUCGUGUGCAUAGAGCGAGCCACUCGCUUGGUGAAAUCCCAGCAGAGUGCAGGCAAAGAGUAUGUGGGGAUUGUCCGGCUGCACAGUGCUAUUGAAGGGGGGACCCAGCUUUCUAGGGCCCUAGAAACUCUGACAGGUGCCCUGUUCCAGCGACCACCGCUUAUUGCCGCAGUGAAGAGGCAGCUCCGGGUCCGGACCAUCUACGAGAGCAAACUGAUAGAGUAUGAUCCUGAGCGAAGAUUAGGCAUCUUUUGGGUGAGCUGUGAGGCUGGCACCUACAUUCGGACACUGUGUGUACACCUUGGUUUGUUGCUCGGAGUUGGAGGUCAGAUGCAGGAACUUCGGAGAGUCCGGUCUGGAGUUAUGAGUGAAAAGGACCAUAUGGUGACAAUGCAUGACGUCCUGGAUGCUCAGUGGCUGUAUGACAACCACAAGGAUGAGAGCUACCUGCGGCGAGUCAUCUACCCCCUGGAAAAGCUGCUGACCUCUCACAGGCGGCUGGUGAUGAAGGACAGCGCCGUGAAUGCGAUCUGCUAUGGAGCAAAGAUCCUGCUUCCAGGUGUGCUCCGAUAUGAGGACGGCAUUGAAGUCAACCAGGAGGUCGUGGUCAUCACCACCAAAGGGGAGGCGAUCUGCAUGGCUAUUGCAUUGAUGACGACAGCUGUGAUCUCCACCUGUGACCACGGGAUAGUGGCAAAGAUCAAGAGAGUGAUCAUGGAGCGAGACACAUAUCCCCGGAAGUGGGGUUUAGGCCCAAAGGCCAGUGAGAAGAGGCUGAUGAUCAAACAGGGCCUUCUGGACAAGCACGGCAAGCCCACAGACAGCACGCCCGCCACUUGGGUGCAGGAGUACGUGGACUACAGUGACUCUGUGCAGAAGCAGGUGGCUGCUGAAGCGGCAAAAGCCCCCAAGCGGAAGCGGGAGAGUGAGAGUGAGAGCGACAAGGAGACCUCUCCGCCUGCGCCACAGCCAACCCCAAAGGAGAAGAAGCGGAGUAAGAAGGAGAGAAAGGCCAAGGCCGCUCGGGAGAGUGCAGAUGAGCCGGCAGAUGGGGACAAUGACACCACCAAGAAGAAGAAGAAGAAGAAGAAGAAAGCAAAGGAAGCGGGUUCUGAGUAG